CCCCUCUUCUCCUCCCACACACACUUUCAAAAUAAACAGAGAGAGAGAGAGAGAGGGUGAACACUUGAAAAGUCUGCUCGAUCUGCUUGCAAUAACACAUAUUGCCUUUUGCCUUUUGUCAAUAUAUUAUCUGAAGCAGACUACUUUCAUAAGCAUCACAAAAAUGGGAGAAGAGAAGAAGGAAGAGGAAAAGAAAGAAGAAAAGAAGGAAGAAGAGAAAAAGGAAGAAAAGAAGGAAGAAGAACCACCGGAGAUUGUACUCAAGGUUGAUAUGCAUUGUGAGGCCUGUGCUAGGAAAGUGGCAAGAGCCUUGAAAGGAUUUGAAGGGGUGGAGGAUGUAACCACAGAUAGCAAGGCCAGUAAAGUGGUGGUGAAAGGAAAGGCAGCAGACCCCAUAAAGGUGUGCGAACGGCUACAAAAGAAAAGUGGCAGAAAGGUUGAGAUAAUUUCACCUUUGCCAAAACCCCCUGAGGAGAACAAGGAAGAAAACAAAGAACAGAAGGAAGAGAAAAAAGAAGAGCCUCCUGCUGUUAUAACAGUCGUACUAAACAUUCGGAUGCAUUGCGAAGCAUGCGCUCAAGGUAUACAGAAGCGAAUCCGGAAAAUUCCAGGUGUUGAAUCAGUGGAAACAGACCUAGCUAAUGAUCAGGUAGUGGUAAAAGGAGUCGUCGACCCGACGAUGCUGGUUGAUUAUGUGUUCAAGAGAACCAGAAAGCAAGCUUCCAUAGUGAAGGAAGAAGAAAAGAAAGAAGAAGAGAAGAAAGAAGUGGAAAAGAAGGAAGAAAAAGAGGGAGACAAGAAAGAUGGUGAAGAAGGCAAUGGAGAGGACGAUAAGAAGGGCGAUAUCAAGCGAAGUGAAUAUUGGCCAUCGAAGCACUUCUUGGAGUAUGCAUAUGCAUAUCCUCCUCAGAUUUUCAGUGAUGAGAACCCCAAUGCUUGCUCUGUUAUGUGACCGAUGCUUGUGCUUCUAUAUAUAUGUUCCUAGGCAUGCUAAUAAUUAAGAAGGAAAAUCAUGGGGUUAUGCCCCCCUUGGCAUCCCAUAGACAGUGUCAUCGAUCGAGUCUUUUGCUCCUUAGGUUUGAACUUUGAAGUAUGUAUCUAUGGACUGCGGACAUCCAUAUCUAAAAGCUCUCUCUGUAAUGAGCUACGUAAGUUGGCCUGUGUUUUUGUAUCUACUAAUUAAUUUAGCAGCACAGAAAGUUGUGCUUUCUGCAUUCAAGCCA